AUGGAUGAAAACAAGGAUCUGCCCUUUCCUUCUCAAGCCCCCGUCAGCGAAAAGAGCGAGCACAAUGAGCACUACUCGGAUGAAGCGCGGAGCGGAAGGGAGAGCGCCCCUGUCCCUGAGCCGGCGGACUCCCACCUCGAGCGCCGGGAGACGUUCACGGCAUGGUGCAAUUCCCAUCUCCGUAAGGCGGGCACACAGAUCGAGAAUAUCGAGGAGGACUUCCGGGAUGGCCUGAAGCUCAUGCUGCUGCUCGAGGUCAUCUCAGGUGAGCGCUUGGCCAAGCCGGAGAGAGGCAAGAUGCGGGUGCACAAGAUCUCCAACGUGAACAAGGCCCUGGAUUUCAUAGCCAGCAAAGGGGUCAAGCUGGUGUCCAUUGGAGCUGAAGAAAUCGUGGAUGGGAACGUGAAGAUGACCCUGGGCAUGAUCUGGACCAUCAUCCUUCGCUUCGCCAUCCAAGACAUCUCUGUGGAAGAGACCUCAGCCAAGGAAGGGCUGCUCUUGUGGUGUCAGAGGAAGACGGCCCCUUACAAGAACGUCAACAUCCAGAACUUCCACAUAAGCUGGAAGGACGGCCUCGGCUUCUGUGCCUUGAUUCACCGACACCGGCCUGAGCUGAUCGACUACGGGAAGCUACGGAAGGAUGAUCCCCUCACCAAUCUGAACACUGCCUUUGACGUGGCAGAGAAGUACCUGGACAUCCCCAAGAUGCUGGAUGCUGAAGACAUCGUGGGGACGGCCCGACCGGACGAGAAAGCCAUCAUGACUUACGUGUCUAGCUUCUACCACGCCUUCUCCGGAGCCCAGAAGAUGUCUAGGCACGCUAAGGUGGACAAGGGCCUGAGGGAGCAGCUGGCUCUUGGCCUAUCCAUUGUGCAGAUGGGGACGCUGAGGCCCAGCGUGCCAGUAGCAGAGCCCCGGCCUUCCCACCUGCCCUAUGUGUUUUUCCCCUGGCAGAGCCAGGCUUGGGAGGUGCUGGCUCUGCUGGAGUGGAUCCGCCGCACCAUCCCCUGGUUGGAGAACCGGCUGCCGGAGAACACCAUGCAGGCCAUGCAGCAGAAGCUGGAGGAUUUCCGCGACUACCGGCGCGUGCACAAGCCGCCCAAAGUGCAGGAGAAGUGCCAGCUGGAGAUCAGCUUCAACACGCUGCAGACCAAGCUGCGUCUCAGCAACCGGCCCGCCUUCAUGCCCUCCGAGGGCCGCAUGGUCUCGGACAUCCACAACGCCUGGGGCUGCCUGGAGCAGGCCGAGAAGGGCUACGAGGAGUGGCUGCUGAACGAGAUCCGGCGGCUGGAGCGGCUAGACCACCUGGCCGAGAAGUUCCGGCAGAAGGCCUCCAUCCACGAGAUCUGGACAGACGGCAAGGAGGCCAUGCUGCGGCAGAAGGACUAUGAGACGGCCACCCUCUCCGAAAUCAAGGCCCUGCUCAAGAAGCACGAGGCCUUUGAGAGCGACCUGGCUGCCCACCAGGACCGCGUGGAGCAGAUCGCCGCCAUCGCGCAGGAGCUCAAUGAGCUGGACUAUUACGACUCGCCCAGCGUCAACGCCCGUUGCCAAAAGAUCUGUGACCAGUGGGACAACCUGGGGGCCCUGACUCAGAAGCGGAGGGAAGCGCUGGAGCGGACGGAGAAACUGCUGGAGACCAUCGACCAGCUGUAUUUGGAGUAUGCCAAACGGGCUGCCCCCUUCAACAACUGGAUGGAGGGGGCGAUGGAGGACCUGCAGGACACCUUCAUCGUGCACACCAUCGAGGAGAUCCAGGGACUGACCACAGCGCAUGAGCAGUUCAAGGCCACCCUCCCCGAUGCCGACAAGGAGCGCCUGGCCAUCCUGGGCAUCCACAACGAGGUGACGAAGAUUGUCCAGACCUACCACGUCAACAUGGCGGGCACCAACCCCUACACCACCAUCACGCCGCAGGAGAUCAACGGCAAAUGGGACCACGUGCGGCAGCUGGUGCCCCGGAGGGACCAGGCCCUGACAGAGGAGCAUGCCCGCCAGCAGCACAAUGAGCGGCUACGCAAGCAGUUUGGGGCCCAGGCCAAUGUCAUCGGGCCCUGGAUCCAGACCAAGAUGGAGGAGAUUGGGCGGAUCUCCAUCGAGAUGCACGGGACCCUGGAGGACCAGCUCAGCCACCUGCGGCAGUAUGAGAAGAGCAUCGUCAACUACAAGCCAAAGAUGGACCAGCUGGAGGGCGACCACCAGCUCAUCCAGGAGGCGCUUAUCUUCGACAACAAGCACACCAACUACACCAUGGAGCACAUCCGCGUGGGCUGGGAGCAGCUGCUCACCACCAUCGCCAGGACCAUCAACGAGGUGGAGAACCAGAUUCUCACCCGGGAUGCCAAGGGCAUUAGCCAGGAGCAGAUGAACGAGUUCCGGGCCUCUUUCAAUCACUUUGAUCGGGAUCACUCCGGCACGCUGGGCCCCGAGGAGUUCAAAGCCUGCCUCAUCAGCUUGGGUUAUGAUAUUGGCAACGACCCCCAGAAGAAGACAGGCAUGAUGGACACGGAUGAUUUCCGCGCCUGCCUUAUCUCCAUGGGUUACAAUAUGGGAGAGGCGGAGUUUGCGCGCAUCAUGAGCAUCGUGGACCCCAACCGCCUGGGCGUGGUGACAUUCCAGGCCUUCAUCGACUUCAUGUCCCGGGAGACGGCGGACACAGACACCGCAGACCAGGUCAUGGCGUCCUUCAAGAUCCUGGCCGGGGACAAGAACUACAUCACGGUGGACGAGCUGCGCCGCGAGCUGCCGCCGGACCAGGCCGAGUACUGCAUCGCGCGGAUGGCCCCCUACGCUGGCCCCGACGCCGUGCCGGGUGCCCUGGACUACAUGUCCUUCUCCACGGCGCUGUACGGCGAGAGUGACCUCUAACCCCGCCUGGGCC